AUGGAUUUCGAUAGGGCUGCAGACGAUGAGCUUGAGUUUUCGGUAAAGUCGUCGAAGAAUAUCAAAGUACAUAGUACUUUUGAGGGCAUGAAGCUUAAGCCUGAUCUACUUAAGGGCAUAUACUCAUAUGGCUUUGAGGCUCCAUCUGCUAUCCAGAGCAGAGCUAUUAUGCAAAUUAUAUCUGGAAAAGAUACCAUUGCCCAGGCCCAGUCGGGUACUGGUAAGACGGCCACGUUUUCUAUUGGCAUGUUACAGGCGAUCGAGCCGAAGAUGAGACAGACCCAGGCGCUUGUGCUUUCUCCCACUAGAGAGUUGGCUACACAGAUCAAUAAUGUUAUUAUGAACUUGGGCAAUUAUAUGAAUAUCCAUACUCAUGCUUGCACUGGUGGUAAGCAGGUUGGCGAGGAUACUAAGAAACUUGGCCAGGGCCAGCAUAUUGUGAGUGGUACGCCAGGACGUGUGCUUGAUGUGAUCAAAAGAAGACAUUUGCAGACCAGAAGUGUUAAGAUGCUUAUUCUAGAUGAAGCUGAUGAGCUUAUGACCAAGGGAUUUAAAGAACAGAUUUAUGAGAUUUACAGGCAACUACCGCUGACGGUACAAGUUGUGGUUGUCAGUGCUACGCUUACGAAAGAGGUUCUCGAGAUGACAUCGAAGUUUACCACUGAUCCAGUUAGAAUUCUUGUGAAAAGGGAGGAUGUCACUCUUGAAGGUAUCAAGCAAUACUACAUUCAGUGUGAGAAGGAAGAGUGGAAGUUUGACACUCUAUGUGAUCUCUACGACAACUUGACCAUCACACAAGCAGUUAUUUUCUGCAACACAAAGAUGAAGGUGACAUGGCUAGCAGAACAGCUUCGAAAGGCCAACUUUGCCGUGGUGGCCAUGCAUGGAGACAUGAAACAAGACGAACGAGACCUGAUCAUGAACGAUUUCCGUUCGGGAAACUCCCGUGUGCUUAUAUCCACCGAUGUGUGGGCCCGUGGUAUUGACGUCCAGCAAGUUUCGUUGGUGAUCAACUACGAUUUACCCUUGGAUAAGGAGAACUACGUCCACAGAAUUGGUCGUUCUGGCCGUUUUGGUAGAAAAGGUAAAGCCAUCAAUUUGUUGACCAAGGAGGAUAGAGACGAGUUUAAGGAUUUGCAGAGGUACUACAAGAUCAAGAUCCGUGAGAUGCCCAUGGACUUUGGCGGUUAA